GCUUUUCUCUCCUUCUCCAAGAUGGCGGCGGUCGGCAGCGCGGAGGCGGGAUCCGGGCCAUCCGAGUGAAGACCUGGUCCUGUAGACGGGAAGGAGCCUGGACACAGAGACACAUUCUCAAAGGCCCUGCAGGACCGCCAUGGCUUAUGAUGACGCCGUGAAGAAAGAAGAUUGUUUUGAUGGUGACCACAGCUUUGAGGACAUAGGACUAGCAGCCGGCCGAAGCCAACGAGAAAAGAAACGUUCUUACAAAGAUUUUUUAAGGGAAGAGGAAGAAAUCGCUGCUCAGGUCAGGAAUUCUUCCAAGAAGAAGUUAAAGGAUAGUGAGCUUUACUUCUUGGGGACGGACACACACAAGAAGAAGAGGAAGCACUCCUCCGAUGAUUACUACUAUGGAGAUAUUUCGUCUUUGGAAUCGUCACAGAAGAAAAAGAAAAAGUCCAGCCCACAAGCUGCUGAUACAGCUAUGGACCUGUUGAAAGCUAUCACUUCCCCACUUGCAACAGGCUCCAAACCUUCCAAAAAGACAGGGGAAAAAUCCUCCAGUUCUUCAAGCCAUUCAGAAAGUAAAAAGGAACACCACAGGAAGAAAGUCAGUGGAAGCAGCGGGGAACUGUCCCUGGAGGACAGUGGUUCCCACAAAUCCAAAAAAAUGAAACCACUCUAUGUGAACACUGAGACACUGACCCUUCGUGAGCCUGAUGGCUUAAAAAUGAAACUUAUUCUCUCACCAAAGGAGAAGGGAAGCAGCUCAGUUGAUGAGGAGUCUUUUCAGUACCCCUCUCAGCAAGUGACUGCGAAAAAAUCCUCAAAGAAAUCAGCUCGGGAUGAGCAAGGUGCUUUACUCCUAGGACAUGAGUUACAGAGCUUUCUGAAAACAGCCCGGAAGAAGCACAAGCCAUCCUCGGACCCACAUUCAUCUCCUGGCCCCGAAGGCUGUGGGCCUGAUGCCUCCCAGUUCCCAGAAUCCCACAGUGCUAACCUGGAUCUUUCAGGGCUUGAACCUAUCCUAGUAGAAUCAGACUCAUCCUCUGGAGGGGAGCUAGAGGCUGGUGAGUUAGUGAUAGAUGAUUCUUACCGGGAAAUCAAGAAGAAAAAGAAGUCAAAGAAGAGCAAAAAGAAGAAGGACAAGGAGAAGCAUAAGGAGAAACGCCACUCCAAGUCCAAGAGAAGUUCAGGACUUUCUGCUGCAGCGGUGGGAGAAGUCACAGUGACACCUGGACCACCUCCCAGCAUCCCCUACACUGGAGCAGCUGCCCCUCCCCCACCACUUCCUGGCCUCCACACAGAUGGACAUAGUGAGAAAAAAAAGAAAAAAGAAGAAAAAGAUAGAGAGAGAGAAAGAGGAGAAAAGCAGCACUGUCUGCGUGGGACGGUGGAGAGAUAUGAAAAGCCAAAAAAGAAGAAUAUGUCAGCCUACCAGGUGUUCUGCAAAGAGUAUCGUGUGACCAUUGUGGCUGACCACCCAGGCAUAGAUUUUGGGGAACUUAGUAAAAAACUGGCUGAGGUAUGGAAGCAGUUGCCAGAAAAGGACAAACUGAUUUGGAAGCAAAAAGCUCAGUAUCUGCAACACAAACAGAACAAAGCAGAAGCUACGACUGUGAAAAGAAAAGCAUCGAGCUCAGAAGGUUCCUUGAAAGUAAAAGCGUCCUCUGCAGUACUGUCACCCCAAAAGAAGUCCCCGCCCACUACCAUGCUAUUACCAGCCUCGCCGGCCAAAGCCCCCGAGACAGAGCCCAUUGAUGUUGCUGCCCAUCUCCAGCUGCUGGGAGAGUCCCUCAGUCUCAUCGGACACCGCCUGCAGGAAACAGAGGGUAUGGUGGCUGUGUCUGGCAGUUUGUCAGUGCUUCUGGAUUCCAUUAUCUGCGCACUCGGCCCCUUGGCCUGUCUGACCACACAACUACCUGAACUGAAUGGCUGUCCCAAACAGGUCUUGUCAAACACACUAGACAACAUUGCAUACAUCAUGCCUGGACUGUGACAGCAGAGAGUCCUGGGACGGGAACCUUACCCAGCCCGCUGCUGGUUCGUGUACAUGUGACUGUUCAGACCCCUUCACUGGCCACCGGGUGUAGGUUUUAAAUUUUUAUAUACAUAUGCAUAUAUAUAUAUAUAUAUAUACAUAAUGUACAGUAUAUACAUAGGACUGUAACUACUUUGCUUUUAAUAAUCUUAUGAAAUGGCAAAGGUUUAGCCAAGAGGAAGCCUUGGCAUGAUAAUGGGCUUAGGAUUCUUUUUUCUCCUGUGGUGGAUAAAUCUGCCUUAAAAAUCAAUGUAACUUGGGGCUGGGGGCUUGUUCUGGGUGCCAAGUGCAUCUCUUUAUGGACAGCUACAAUGUGAUUUUUUUUUUUUCCAAGCUCAGUUGUACCUCCAGACCCAUCACUGACCAUUUGCCUUACCUGUCUCACAGUCGGAGAUGUAAUAAUAAGAUUAUGGGAAGAUGCCAGUUGACUGAAAGCACAAAGCCUUUCAGCUUGAAGUGUGUUAGGUGGGAGGUGAUAAAAUCAUUCCCAUCUUAGAGUUACUGCAAUGGCUUAGGUAAGCCUAGUGGGGGGUUUGCCCCACUCUCUGCUACACAGGUGUCCAUGUCUCAAAACUUGUUGUGAUCAUUGGCAGCCUCAGUGGGGGCCAAGGAGCUCGGUGAGCCCUGGCAGCCUAAACACCAUGAAGAGGGUAAAGCAGUCCAUUCCACCAGCUGAACUGCAUGUGGUGUGAGCUGGUCCAGAACCUCUGGCCUGCAGAACGAAGAGCUGGUAUCUUCCAUUGGCAGCAUUUGCUUAGCCACCAAGUCCUCACAGGUUUCUGCUUGGUGGCUAUGGAAGGUGAACUUUGCCCAGCGGGAUUCUUGGGUUCAUCUUAUUGGCUCCCCUGGUGGCAGAUACACAGUGUUCUGCAUUCCACACAUAAGUGAAUUGCAAAAAAAAAGAGUAGUUGAUUCUCAUGUAGGUUUAUUUAUGUGCGCGUGUGAAUGUAUGUUUUAAUUAUGUGUAUUUAACUCUUUAAAAUCUCUUAGAUUUUAAUUUAUCCUGUAAAUUUCUGUAUAUAUAAUUUAAUAACAAAAGCCUCCACCAGCAACAGCAUGUGGAAGAUACAGAUUUGUUAUUUUUUUCCUCCCUUCCUUCCCCUGACCUCCUCUGAAAACUCUAAAUCAUCUGCAUUUUAAGGUAUUGUGCCUCAGAAAGGAAUCAUUAUAUCAGGAUACUAAUUCUUUAUAAUUCAAUAAUGUCAAGAAAGUAAAAUAAAAGGAAUGUUUCCAUUCCCAACUGCCCUUAUUUCCAAAAGAACCAGACUUUUUGCUUCCUAGUUCCAAAGAAGACAGUUGAGCACUUCAGCGUUGUCAUUAAAUGUGUGAGAUUCCCUGCCAAACACCAGCUUGGAGGUAGCUGUGCUUUUUUCCCCAGCUAGGUGGAGCUCUACAGCAUCAAAGCAGGUGUUUGCGGAGAGUGCGCAGCAUCUUGUUUAACUCCUUCUUUUCUCCCCACCAGUGCGGUCACAGGGCUUUGUUUCUUAACGGUAUUUUUUGGCUGCUGACUGCCUUUCUCAACUCAGAGCAGUUUUGAGAUUUAAUUGGGGAAACAGGAGGAAACGGGAAUGUUUGGGAACUAAAAUCAAGAGCAGAAAUCUUGUUUUGAUUUCAUGUGUUACAACCUGUACCAUGCCUCGUCUGUUCCCAUGGAAGCUUCCUGUUUGACGCAGGGCAUCAAGGAGAGGGGACUGGAAGACAUGGCUUAGUACUGAAAGAAGUCAGUCCUACCAUUAUCAUUAAGGAAAUCCUGAUGAGGACCUGCUUUUUGUUUGUUUUCCUUUAAAAUCCAAUCCUAUUGUAUUUGUAUUUAAAAUUUGU